GUUUGGAGUUCAGGAGAUUGUCUUGACCAAGACGACACAUCUAAAUGCACUGAAGCAACUGCCAUGUGAUUGGUUGAUUAGAUAAUUGCAUUAAUGAGAAAUUGAACAGGUGUUCAUAAUAAUCCUUUAGGUGUCAAGAUGUCUCGUACAGAUGUGUUGUCCAUGUACAGGAGGGUUCUGCGCAUUGCACGCAGCUGGCAUGCGCAGUCUGCUUUAGCACAGGACACUGAGGCAGAGAGGAAAUACAUAAUUCAAGAGGCUCGAACCCUUUUCAGACAAAACCAACAGAUCACAGACCCUGAAUCAUUCCAGAGAUGCAUAGCAGAAUGUGAAGCACGGAUAGAGAUAGGAAUACACUAUAGAAACCCUUAUCCCAGACCAUCGUAUCUUCCUCCGAUGGGUCUGGCCACACAGAAGGGACGAAAUCUGCGAACUCAGGAGAGAUUGAGGAAACAAGCCAAACCUGUGUACUUACAGUCUCACGAUGAGACCUGACAAAAACACAUUUCAACUGUUUAUCAUCUAAGAACACAAAGUCUGAGUUAUUUAUAACUAAAACAUAUUAUUCUUAUUCGGCAGGUAUUCUUUGGUUGAUGUUUAAGUGGUGUGUGUGUAUAUAUAAACAUGUAUUUUGCUGUUGGCAGUAUCUGUUUUCAGUCUAACUUGUUUAUUAAUAAAGAUUAUUGCUAUUA